AGCGCCAAUGUGAAUUCCGCGACUUGACUCGUGUACUUGGAAGCGGGAGCGAGUUUUUGGAGCGGGCACUGUGAAAUGUGGCAGCAUGAUGCUGCCUGGAUAAUCAGCGGACAGCAGCACGGGCGGACACGACAAGCGGGAUUACAGACCCCCAGCUGAAGAAGGGCUAACGCCUGAUGCGAGGCCGCAGCCAAAGUCCGAGCGGGUUCUGACAAAACAUGGGCGUGCUCCAGCUUCACAACCCGGCUCACCCCGACACGUUGCUGCAGCGGGCCAACCAGAUGCGCCUGGCGGGCACCCUGUGCGACGUCAUCAUCACGGUCGACGGCCACGAGUUCCCAGCGCACCGCACCGUGUUGGCCUGCACCAGCAAGAUGUUCGAAAUCCUGUUCCACCGCAGCAGCCUGCGCUACGCUCUGGACUUCCUCUCGCCCAAGACCUUCCAGCAGAUCCUCGAGUACGCAUACACGGCCUCGCUGCAGGCCACGGCCGAGGACCUGGACGACCUGCUGUACGCCGCGGAGAUCCUAGAGAUCGAGUUUCUAGAGGAGCAGUGCCUGAAGGUGCUGGAGACCAUCCAGGCCGAGGAAAGCGAGGACACGCUGGUGCGGAACCACGUCGGCGGAGACCACGGCGACCACGGUCGGGCCAGACACUGGCGGCAUCUCAUGUCCAAGAAGCAUUCCAUCCCGGACGGAGCACCGCGUACUACUGCUCUGCACCAACUGACCUUGUACCACAUGACAGAGAGGAUCCCACCGGGGUCAGACCCAAAUGCCCCUCCAGAACUAAGUCCCAAGCUGGACAUGAACAUUUCCCAGCAGCUGCAGCAAAGCAGCGCAGAGGCUCCGACCCUGGAACCCAUCGAGGGUAUCAAAUCGGAGAACAUGCAGGUGGACGAAGCCGACUGCUGCCAGGGCCGCUCGUCCGAAAGCUGCGCGUCGGAUCCGAGCCGAGACGAUGGCCCGGGGACACCGCUGAGAAGCAGUGUGAUCACCAGUACCCGAGAACUGCACGCCAGUCCCGAGGAGGGCGUGGUGGGAAGCUCUCUGGACUGUUUCCCCGGGUUAGCCGAGAAGCACCUGGCAUCCAUUUACGCCAUGGCCCCAGACCACGCCGGGGAGGCCAUGACCCAGGUGUCCGUGUCUCUGGCCCCAUCCCUGGGCAUGCCGCUGGACCCGCGGGCCUACGGCGGCCUGUUGCACCAGGGCCUUCUGCACCGGGAGCUCCUGAGCAGGCUGGGCCAAUUUGCAGCAGGAAUGAGGCACGAGGGGUCCGUUCUUGGGCCACAGUGUUGCGGCGAAUGCGGGCUGCAGUUACACAGCCGGCAGGCCAUGGAGCAGCACAGGAGGCUGCAUGAUGACGAGAAGGGCCACGGCUGCGAAUUCUGCGGCAAACAAUUCCAGGACAGCAUGCGGCUACGCAUGCACAUGUUGUCUCACACAGCUCCCGCUGAGGCUCUGGUGUGCGAUCAAUGCGGCGCUACCUUCUCCUCAGAGGAGGCUCUGGAUUCCCACCGGCUAACACACACAGGGACUGACAUGGCGGUGUUCUGUCUGCUGUGCGCAAAGCGCUUCCAGACCCAGAAGGCCCUGCAGCAGCACAUGGAGGUCCACGCAGGCAUGCACAGCUACAUCUGCAGCCACUGCGAGCGACCCUUCCCUAGCCACACCACCCUCAAAAGACACUUGCGCUCGCACUCGGGCGAUCAUCCGUUCGAGUGCGAGUUCUGCGGGAGCUGCUUCCGAGACGACGGCACCCUGAGGGGUCACAAACGCAUCCACACGGGAGAGAAGCCUUACGAAUGCAACAGCUGCGGGAAGCGCUUCAGCCUCAAACACCAGCUGGAGACGCACUACCGCGUGCACACAGGUGAGAAGCCAUUUGAGUGUAAGCUGUGUCACCAACGAUCCAGAGACUACUCGGCUAUGAUCAAGCACCUGCGCACGCACAACGGCGCGUCUCCAUACCAGUGCACCAUCUGCCAGGACUUCUGCCCCAGCCUGGCCGCCAUGCAGAAGCACAUGAAAGGCCACAAACCGGAGGAGGUGCCGGCAGACUGGAGGAUAGAAAAGACUUAUCUGUACGUCUGUUAUGUCUGAGCAGGUCUUGGACCCGGCCGGGGUGGGCGCGGUUGAAAAAUACGGCUGAGGUCAUAGUGGCGACUCUUGCCGGGUCAAAUUUAAAAAUGCAAAAGUCGAGAGGUAAACGUGCUGAAACGGUAACGUACUUUAUGACAUCGUCUGUGCCAUUUAACGACAAAAGCGUUUGGUGAACCAUUACGCGGUCUUUAAAACACGAGCUCAAAAAUGUGUUCAAACUGUGAAAAAAAGAUGCAGAAAGCAACCAGCGCCGGCUGGCCCACUUGGUUCAAUCGAGUCUUUGUAAGAGUAUUCCGUUCCCUUAACCACACCGCAAGGAAUUCCACGCAAAAGUGGCAACCGAGGACACGUUUACAUGAGAACAAUCUAAGAAAAAUGGGAGUUGGAUACGUUUCUUCGCGAGGAUAUUUGUCAAGAUUUCAAGUCACAGUUCCACGGUUUUCAUUUUUUACUCUGCGAAACACUGUGACUGAUCAUUUCUGUUUAAAGGCUCCAGUGUAUACUAGUGAAAGACCAGAUAUGGUUUUUUUUUUCCAAAGCCGAUACUGAUUAAUAGUCAACGUGGCUGAUCACCGAUAUUUGAAACAGACAUUAAAUUUGCAGUAAAAGGGAAAUAAUUGGUGUCAAAAUUGAUUAAAAAAAAAAACAUGUUUGCUAAAGUACCUUUUCAAAUUUGCCACACCUUGUAGCUUUUUCUUUUAAGUCUAUACAUACAGAGAAUAAAUCUUUUAAAAUGUUACAUGAAAAGGUAAAACAAAAUUCCCUAGAGUUAACCAAAAAUUGUUCUCUUAUCGGCCUUGAGACUAUGGAGAGAGAGGAAAAAAAAAAAAAAAAAAAAAGAUAAUCGGUCUAUCAUAGUUUACAUUGACCCUAAAUGAGAAGCUGCACAAUUGACAGUUGCUCUGCCAUUCAAAUACCUAAAAAUAUUUUGGUCAUAUAAACGCUGGUUGUUGACUGUUGAAAAGUCACCUUUAAUGAAGCGGAUUAAAAAUGUCAUUUUUGGCUGCCACUCAGUUUGAGAUUAGCAACAGUGUCUGGGCUUUUUGACCUGUCUGAGUGGCUCCCUUGAUUCCGCUGUUAAAUUUUCCCCUGACUAUUUGAUUUUCCUUGCUGUUGUUUUUAUUUUAAUUUUUGUAGUUCUUGUGCAUGUUUUACUUGAACUGGUUUUUGGCCUCACAACACACGAGCUCAUAAAUGGUCUUUUCUCGCGGGGGAUGGCGUCGCGAGUUCCGAGGUAGCGGGCUUCAAUGUCAUUCAGUUCAUUCAUUGCUAUUUUGUUGUUGUUUGUAAACAAAUACGUGCUGAUUAUCACCACCGCCGCGCGGGGUCGUCCGCCAUUUUGCCCCGUUUGUUGGCAGGCGAACAGUGUUGAUCCGUCUGUGGGUUUCUUUUCCUAACAAUUACCGUCACAAUUUCAAUGGUCAAACUGUGUCAGAAAAGAAAAAGAAAAAAAUGUAAAGAGCCUCAACAUGGCUUUGAUGUGUUUUUUUUUUUUUUUUUUAAUCACCGUCUAUAAUUAGAUGUCUUAUAAAUCACAAAACUGAUGAAAAUAGAACAUGAAAAGCAAAGUUGUUUUUUUGUGUUAUUUUUAAAGAAAAUCCAGACAAGUGGCAGUUAGUGUGAGUUGUUGUGUAUGUGUCAUGUACAGGCCGUCCGUCCUGCGUUGUUGUUCCUGUGCAGGCCUUAUCCUGUUGUAUUUUUGUAUCACGGUAAUUUGCUGUCUUGUUUACAUUUGAGAAACAUCUUCAACGUGUGUGUUUGAUACGUCUCCGAUGGGGGGAAAAAAGUUCCCUUUUUCUAUGCGGAGCGUUGACAUGCUUGAGUAUGUGGGUCUGUGCUGUUGGUGUUUUUUUGGGGUUUCUCGAGAUGAGAUCCACGUCUCGGAACAUUGCAACUGGAAGCAACAUACUGUGAUUGUGACGCUCUGAUGCAAGUUGCCAGCAAGGGCGAUGAAAAAAAAAAUGUUCAAAUUGCGUUGCCGAUUGAGUGAAAGUUUUUUUUUCUAGGGUGAAAACGGUGUACAGCACAUCGUGGCAACUUGAUGCCAUGACACACAUUCACUGUAUCUAUUCUAUACAUGAACAUGCACUAUAACCAGUUUAGUCAGUGGACCAAAAGAAAUAGAGCACUUUUGUUUGAGAUGAUUUUUUUUUUUUUUUUAAAUCUUUGUAUGUUGUGAUAAUGCAGAUGUCUUUUUUUUUUUGUUUAGUGUGUCCUAGAAGGCUGUGAUUCGCAUCGUUUCGAUAUGUCGAUGUCUGUCUACCUCAGGGCCAGGUCGAAGCUCGAGCUGGUGUCCAAUCAGGGUUGUUCUUCUUGCCAUGUGUGCAGUCAAGUCCCUCCUCAUUGCAGCUUUUUAACACCCCGUGUGGAAAGUGUUUUCUCGGUGUGGAUUCAGGCACAACUCUGUACGCGUCGGUGUUCGGUGGAAUGGUCAGAAAAAAAAAAGAGAAAAAAAAAAAAAGAAUUAAAAAACAAUUUACUAUUCUA